UGUACGAGUCUCCUCAAGUUUUCCAUCCGGUCAGCGCCCAAAGUCGGAUUUCCUUUACGAAGAGGCUAUACGCCGUCAAGAAGCGCAGAAGAACCCAGUUGACUCGACGAGUAAAAUUCAAGCCUGGCGUGAUAGACAUAACAUCAUGUCAAUCCAGAGCCCGCUUCCCCAUAUAAUCGCCAACCCCGAUGGGUGCAUCCGUUUCGAGAAAGCUCCUACAACCAAUGAUGAGCAUUCUAAACUUAACGGCAAAGAGCGUAUUGCAAUCGGAAAUAUAUGCGACCAGCAUGACAAAGAAGGCGACAUGGUUUCUCGCACCCCCGGCACUAAAGACGUGUCGACCCCAUUGGAGAAAUCAGGCGAUGCAGCGCAACUUGGAGCACCUUCACUUGUUCCGAGUAAUCAACCCCAAACGGCUGCGCCUACGUUGAGCAAGGAGCCAUAUAUGUCACUCUCUACCGAAUCUACGGCGUCUUCCAGCUCCAUCGAAGCUGCAGAAAUCUCUGCUGGAUCCAAUCCGACUGCUUCCAGCCCGAUUGUCAACGAAGCAACAGGUGGUGGCAGAUUGGACAUCGCAGAUAGUUUUCAGGGGAAGCUACAGGGCAGUUCUAUUCCAAAGUCAUCCAUCGCAGAGCCCGAGCCCCUCACCUGGAAGCGUAAAGUAGCUCAAAUGAACGACUUCGGCCUUGCGGAGUAUACUCCCACCCUGUCUGUCGAUGGCAGGGCCAAAAAAACUAUGAGAGGCUGCAAGCUAUCGCGCGAAAACAAGUCCCCUCACAUCGAGCCUAAAGCCACUGAACCGAAGGUCACAGAUCGCGCAGCAACCGUUGAGGAGCCUCGCCGCAAGAAGAUCAAGACCAAUCCCAUUGCGAAAUUUGCAAAGGUGGUUAUGCCUGCUGCUUUCCUAGGUGCUGUUGUCGGUGGCGCAGCUACGUUCAUCGGAUUGGCGUCCAUGGCGGAAUAAUGGAUUUCAUCCCUCGGGAGUCUGCAGGCAUGGAUUGCCACGGGAUCAGAGCGGACAAGAAGGGAUGUAGUAAACUUUUUUCACUUUGAUAUUGCCCUUACGAGGGCAAGGAGUCUGGAUUAUGUGGGUGUUGGGGGUCGGUCGACGGGCGGUUGGGUUGGCGAAUUACGGCACCUCCAUGACAUGAUACUAACCAGUGUGUGAGCUGAAAGUUUCUAUGUCUGCACUAUGGGUGAUACAGAAAGGAACAGUUGUGGGCGUUUCGGUCGGAAUUACAUAGGUUAGGUUUAUGCUGUGGUGAUACGUGCGGCUAUUGCUGCUAUGCAAUCAAUUAAUCAUGCAAAACAU